CUGAUCGAGGAGAACAUGCGAGUCGAGUGCAAGUGCCACGGCGUGUCCGGGUCGUGCGAGCUGAAGACGUGCUGGAAAGCCAUGCCAACGUUCCGUGAGAUCGGAGAAAUCCUGAAGGAGAAGUUCGACGGCGCGACGGAGGUACGCCUGAAGGAGGUGACCGGGAGGGCCGAGCUGGAGCCCAACAAGCAGUACUUCAAGAAGCCCACGGAGAUGGACCUGGUGUACGUGUCCUCGUCGCCAGAGUACUGUGACUAUGACCUCAACAGCGGCUCGCUCGGCACACACGGCCGCAAGUGCAACAAGACGUCGCGAGGCCUGGACGGGUGUGACCUGCUGUGCUGCAACAGAGGAUACGUCGCAUCACAGGAGCGGGUGAAGGAGCGCUGUUCUUGCAAGUUCCACUGGUGCUGCUAUGUCAAGUGCAGAACCUGUAUACGUGAUGUGACAGUCCACACCUGCAACUAGCGAUGAGAGACUGCCAGUAUUUAUGAGGUUUCACAUGUUAAGGAAGGAUUGGAUUCGUGUCACUCUUACCUGAACAUAGCAUAAGUUCUUGUAUUUAUGGGGAUAUUUGAUGGUUUAACAUAAUAAAGUGAUUCGUGUAAAUUGUUGUUGAUUAGGACUCUGAUUCGAAUAUACACCAUUGUUGUUUCGAAAUGGAAUUGAAUUCAGAUGUGAGUCAGUUUCCAAAGUGGACAGAUAAAUUGCAAAAAAAAGAGCUUAAAACAAAUCUUGGACAUUUAAUGUUGUUAACAAAGUUGCUUAAUUUUUUCACUUGCGAAAGUUUCGGUAGGAAUUCUCUAUGUUGGUACGUGAAGAUCUUGUAAACGUUUCAGAAAUCAUAUUACUAUUUUAACUCUGAGCCAUUUAAGCCAUUUUGAUUCAUUACCCAUAUUGUAAAUAAAACCUAUAGUAUUAGAGAUGUAGUAUAGUUUAUAAACCCUUUAGUAUGAAAAAAUGUGUAGACGGUGUAGGAUCAUUGAAAGAUCAAAUUUUGUACAGAUGUCUUCUGCUGAUUUUUAAUCUAACUGAGUCUGGUUAUGAUUAUUUUAUAAGAGUAACGGUCUGCUAUGAAACGAUAGUAUAUAGUGAGUAGUCCCUUCAGCUCCUCGUGUCUGUCUGUUUGUCUAUCUGUGUGUGUGUCUCGUCGGUUCUUUUGAUUGGCCAAAAUGCCUCCAGAGAUUCUUAUAAUUAUCGCUAACCUGAUGUAUAUAGCUCCUAUAUAGCAGUUAAGUUAAACUACUCCAUUCUGAGGAAGUUUCAGCGAGAUCUAAGAUGCCCAGUUGUCCCGGAGCGACAAAAACGCAAGGAGAAAACGGAACGACAUUUCUAUUCGUGUCUUUUUCCUCGUGUUUUUCUUCUCCUUCUUUCUUUAUCUUUUACAAACGUGUUGAAUUAUUAUUUUGGUCAACAGAUAUGACCUCCGAGUUGGCAACGUGUAAAAUAAACGAAAAAAAUAACAAUCCGUUCACUUUCUCCACAAUCUCUCCGGGUCCAUCUUGGGUGUCGUUGAUGCCCCGUGUCGGCUACGUGGUAGUAGGUGACCCGAAAAAUAUUUUGAUGUUUACAUAAACAAGAAAGUGUUGUUUGAGGACCAGACAAGUCGCGGAAAUGAGAAGGCGAGUUGGAGAGGUUUUGCAUAAUAAACCCUCGCAAAGUCGUUGAGUGAGAAGUCUUGUGAGGCGGUUGUGCAGCGGCCGAGAAGAUGAGGGAAUUGGCCUUUCUUGAGAGAGGACUUCAAGAUCUGUUUGCAAAAGUUGUAGAACGCGGAAGACUGCAGUGACUGGGAAAAUGCUUAUUCAUAACACCGAAUGUUGUCGAUGUUUAGUUUUCUACAUACUCUCUAUAUACACCAUUUUGAAAACUGAAGGUUAAAUCGAAAAAGGAUUACAAGCAUACGGAAAAAAAUAUAUGAAAUCGAAUACGAUAACAGUUCCCACGACUGAAUCAACCGACUCCAUACAACUGAAAUGCCGCAAUACAUUGGAAAAUAGACCCUAAAAUCUUCUCGGGAAGUGGGGCUGUACCUGUUAGAUGCUUUUACCUUGAGUGACGGGUGGAAUGGCGUCGAAACCUCAAGCCGAGGAAUGCGAAAACGUCAUUCACAUCCAAGAUAAGGUUGUACCGUACGUGUCAGUGGUUCCAUAAACAUAUAUUAUUGAUUUGUAUAAGUACAACAAUAGGGUGUGUGUUUUAAUGUCCCAAAUGAAAUAAAAUCCAAGAUUCACGUGUUUCACUUGGAAGCAUUGACACAUAUAUCUCUAUUCUUUAAAUUCAUUACGUAUCUCAUUUGUCAUCACUGAAGGCCUAUGUAUGCAACAUGCAACCAUCGUCAGACAUAAACUGUAAAAUAGAUUAAAAUUCCUGUAUAA